UCGGGGCGGGGCGAGCCGUCCCCACAGCGCCAUGGCUGCCCUCCGCGCCCUGCUGCCCCGCGUCCGCGGCCCGCUGCGCCCCCUCUCCGGCUCCGCGGCCUUGCGCCCCUUCUCCUCGGGUGCGGGCUUUCAGUACAUCAUUGCAGAAAAGAAGGGGAAGAACAGCAACGUGGGCUUCAUCCAGCUGAACCGCCCCAAAGCCCUGAAUGCACUCUGCAACGGCCUGAUCACCGAGCUCAACCAGGCCCUGGAGGCCUUCGAGGAGGACCCGGCCGUGGGGGCCAUCGUCGUCACGGGUGGGGAGAAGGCGUUUGCAGCCGGAGCUGAUAUCAAAGAGAUGCAGAACCAGACGUUCCAGGACUGUUACUCCAGGAAGUUCUUGAGCCACUGGGACCGGCUUGCCCAAGUCAAGAAGCCGAUCAUUGCUGCUGUCAAUGGCUACGCUCUUGGUGGAGGCUGCGAACUUGCUAUGAUGUGUGACAUCAUUUAUGCUGGAGAAAAGGCCCAGUUUGCACAGCCGGAAAUCCUGCUGGGAACCAUCCCAGGUGCAGGGGGCACCCAGAGACUGACCCGCGCUGUUGGAAAGUCACUGGCCAUGGAGAUGGUUCUCACUGGUGAUCGGAUCUCUGCCCAGGACGCCAAGCAAGCAGGUCUCGUAAGCAAAAUAUUUCCCGUGGAGAGACUGAUCGAAGAGGCCAUCCAGUGUGCUGAGAAAAUCGCCAGCAAUUCUAAAAUCGUACUGGCAAUGGCCAAAGAAUCCGUGAACGCAGCUUUUGAAAUGACAUUAACAGAAGGAAACAAGCUGGAGAAGAAGCUCUUCUAUUCAACUUUCGCUACCGAAGACCGGAAAGAAGGGAUGACCGCAUUUGUGGAAAAGAGAAAAGCCAACUUCAAAGACCAGUGAGCACCACUGCCUCUGCCUUGAACCCUCCACUUAAAGACAAGUUGCAGUCUGACCGUCUUAGAAGCAGAUAAAUCCUUCUCUUGUAAAGGGCCGCAUGGGUGACACCAGUUUCUCUCCACCAGUCGGGCUCUUGCUCCCCGGGGUGGCCGGCCGACUUCACCCAGCGGCCAUGAGAACCCACGCGGGGCCGUGUUCACGCUCUGACUGAGCCUGUUCUUCCUAA